AUGGCCUCCUCUACCAACUUCGUUCCUCCUAUUCUACAUCUACUUCAAUCUCCUCUCAGCACUUCUCACCUUCUACGCGGAGUUGCGGCCACCAACCACCACUCCCACCGUCUCAGUAUGCUGGGGAACAGCAUUAAUAUCAGGAACGACAGAUGUGUCGUGCCCGAAUUCUUGUUAGCCAAUCAGGAUGACGAUUACACAGAAUUCUCUUUUGAGAACGACGACCGAAGUGAUUUCCUUUUGCUCACAAAAGAAUUAGAAAGCACAUAG